AUGAAGUGGUUACAGAUUUUUAGUGAUUGGGGGUAUAAAGUGGGACUCAGAGUUGCUUCUGAUCACUUUCCACUAUUAGGUGGAUGUGCAAGUGUUCCAAAACCAAAAAAUGUACCUCUAAGAUUUCAAAAAAUAUGGUUAGAACAUUCUUCUUUCAUGUCAGUAGUGCAAGACAGCUUGGCAAUACAAAUUCAUGGUGAUGCUCCCUAUAUUUUUAUGCAAAAGCGUAAACAUCUCAAACAAAUUCUCAAGGAUUGGAACUGGAGAGCCUUUGGUGAUGUUAAGGUCAAGAUUCAAGAAGCAGAAAAGAAUUUCAAAGAUAAAAUGGAAAUUUCAAAUAAGAAUCCUCAUGAUGAACAAGCCUUGCAUGAUUUAGUUACUGCUCAAAAUGAUCUCAACUCCAGAGAAACUCAUUAUAGCACUAUGAUGAAACAAAAAUCCAGAGUAAAGUGGGUAAUGGAGGGUUCAGCAAAUACAAAUUUCUUUCAUUCAAAUAUUAAAAUUAAACAAACAAGAAAUGAUAUUUGUGAAUUGGAGGAUGAAAAUGAUAAUUUAAUCUCUGAUCAAACAAAAAUUGCUGACAUUCUUGUUGAUUUUUUUGAAAAAAGAUUUCAAGAACAGGCUGUGGAAAUUAGUGAAGAUAUUCUUGAUGUCAUUACAAACAUUAUUACUGAAUCUGAUCAAUUUAUGCUUGAAGUUACUCCUGAAGCAGAUGAGAUUAAAGUUGUAGUUUUUGCAAUGGAUGGUGAUAAUGCACCUGGCCCAGAUAGUUCUUCAAGGAUGUUCUACAAAGCUUGUUGGGAAAUUAUACAACAUGACUUCAUAAAUGUUGUUCAAUACUGCUGGAAAAGAAAGUAUAUACCCAAAGGUUUGAAUUCUAAAUUUUUGGUUAUUUUACCUAAAGUGCAAGGUGCAAAAAAACCAAAUCAAUUUAGACCAAUUAGUCUUAGCAAUUUCAGCUAUAAGGUAUUCACCAAAAUCAUUUCACUUAGAAUGGCAAGUCUUAUGAAUAAGCUAGUGUCUCCUCAACAAGUAGCAUAUAUUAAGGGUAUAAAUAUUCAUGAGAAGAUUUUUUUAGCCUCUGAGCUAGUAAAUGAGAUGAAGAAAAAAAGGAGAGGAGGCAACUUAAGUCUGAAACUUGAUAUCUCUGAAGCAUAUGACUCAGUGAGUUGGCUGUUUCUAUUCAAAGUUCUUCAAAAAUAUGGAUUUUUUGUGGCUUGGUGUGAUUGGUUAAAAGUACUUCUCUCUUCUGCUAAAAUAUCUGUGAUGGUUAAUGGAGGACCAAAUGGAUUCUUUUCAAUGAAUAGAGGACUCAAGCAAGGGGAUCCAUUAUCUCAAAUUAUAUUUGUUCUCAUGGAGGAGGUUCUAAGCAAAGGCUUAACAAAGAUGGUGGAAACCAAAAAGAUACAGUCAAUGGUGAUAAGAAAAGGUAUUGCCCCUAAACACCUACUUUUUGCUGAUGAUAUCUUUCUGUUCAGUAAUGAUUCAAAAAAAAGGAUGAUGUGGAAGCUGAAAACAUCCAAAGAGGAAUGGUCUCUGUUUUUUGCAGCUAAAUUUCAAGAUAAAAAUGGGCAAUGGACCUCACAAUGGAAACUAUCAUCAGUUUGGCCUGGGUUUAAAUGGGAUUGGCAGUCUCUCAAGAAUGAUGUCAGAUGGAUUAUUGGCAAAGGUGACAACAUCUCAGUUUGGUUUGAUACUUGGACUGGUGAAGGUCCACUAAUUGACAGAAUUGGUUUUACUGACCAUGUCAAGAAUAACUUUCAGAUGAAAGUUAAGGAUUUACUACAGAAUAAUGAAUGGGUUAUACCCAUUGAAUUAUAA